CCGGCUCCGCAGCAGCAUGGCGGCCGCGCUGGGGCGCUGGGCGCGGGUCGCGCUGCGGCCGCGGCCGGUCCCGGGCAGGGCGCGGUGGUGCCGGGCGCUGUGCGGGGCUGCCGAGGCCCCCGAGACGCCGCCUCCUCCUCCCUCCGGCGGGGGCCGGGCGCUGGCGGCGGCGCUGGGCGCCGGGGCGGCGGGGCUGGUGCUGCUGUGGGCCCGGCAGGGUGAGGGCCGCCGGCCCGCCCGGCCCGCCCUGCCCGCCCUGCUCGCCGCCGUGCCCGCCCCGCCCGCCCCGCCGCCCGCCUCGCCCCGCGCCGCCUUCAACUUCAUCGCUGACGUGGUGGAGAAGACGGCGCCCGCGCUGGUCUACGUGGAGAUCGUGGGCAGGCACCCCUUCUCGGGCCGUGACGUGCCCAUCUCGAACGGCUCGGGGUUCCUGGUGUCCCCGGACGGGCUGAUUGUCACCAACGCGCACGUGGUGGCCAACCGCCGGCGCGUGCGGGUGCGCCUGGCCAGCGGCGAGCAGUACGACGCCGUGGUGCAGGACGUGGACCAGGUGGCAGAUAUUGCCACCAUCAGGAUCAAGCCUAAGGUGGGCCCUGCGGCCGGGGGGACCCCCUGCCUCCCUCCUCCCCCCGGCCUGCCUGCUCACCGCCCUCCUCUCUUGCAGCACCCGCUGCCCACCCUGCCCCUGGGCCGCUCCUGCGAGGUGCGGCAGGGCGAGUUCGUGGUGGCCAUGGGCAGCCCCUUCGCCCUGCAGAACACCAUCACCUCGGGCAUCGUCAGCUCGGCGCAGCGCGGCAGCCGGGAGCUGGGCCUGGCCGCCUCCGACAUGGAGUACAUCCAGACCGACGCCGCCAUCGACUUUGGGAACUCCGGGGGGCCCCUCGUCAACUUGGAUGGAGAAGUGAUCGGGGUGAACACCAUGAAGGUGACAUCAGGCAUCUCCUUUGCCAUCCCCUCAGACCGGCUGCGGAAGUUCCUGCAAAAGGAGGAGCAGCGGAAAAGCUCCUGGUUCGGGAACGCAGAGACGAAGCGCCGGUACAUCGGGGUGAUGAUGCUGACCCUGACACCCAGCAUCCUGGCUGAGCUGAAGCUGCGUGACCCCAGCUUCCCUGAUGUCUCCUAUGGAGUGCUGAUCCACAAGGUGAUCAUUGGCUCCCCUGCCCAUCAGGCAGGGAUGAAGGCAGGGGACGUGGUGCUGGAGAUCAACGGGCAGCCGUCGCGUCGCGCCGAGGACGUGUACGAGGCGGUGCGGACGCAGCAGAGCCUGGCCCUGCUGCUGCGGCGCGGCCACGACACCCUGCUGGUCAGCGUCGUCCCCGAGGUCACCGAGUAGCGCUGCCGCUGUGGGAGCACGGGCUGGCCCUGCCGGCCCAGGGCACAGGACACAGGACCGAGCUGAGGCUGGACUGCUCAGGGAGAGGCCCAGAGCUCAUGAGGGGCUGGAAGGGGCCGGGCCGGGGGGCCCGGCCCAGUGCUCAGGUGGACUCGUGGUGCAGCCAUUCCCCUCUGUACCCAAUAAAGCACUUUUCUAGGGA